GCCUGCACUGCUCCACCAUUUCUUUUUUGGUAGAAGUGAGAGAGACAGAGAAGGAAACCACCUGCAGCACUGCUCCACCACUCAUGAAAGAAAAUCUCCUUUGCAGGUGGGGACCCGGGAAUUGAGCCUGCCUCCUUGAGCAUGACUUCUGUGAAUAUUAAAUUGCCACUUAAUGUGAUGUCAAGAAAUAAUUUGGAGACAUCUACUUGUAAAAUGACAGAUCCAUUUAAUUUUGAGAAAAAUGAAAGCAAGCUUCCACCACAUGAUUCUUUAAGAAGUCCUGGAGGACAUCCUAACCACCCUAAUUUCAGGUUGAAAAGUCCAGAGAAUGGAAAUAAAAAGAACAAUUUUUUGCUUUGUGAGCAAGCCAAGCAGUACUUGGCUAGUCAGGAAGACAGUUCAAUAUCUGCAAACCUCAAUGGCAUCAAUGGAGAAGUGACUGAAACCAAAGGAGACAAGAAGACAUUGCUAGCAGGAAAAUCAGUGUCACCAUUAAAUGCUGGAAAUAAUUCACCCCCUAAAGAACUAAACAGUAAGCCCAGCAACAAUGUGUCUCCUGCAAAGUCUAAAAAAAUACACAAGUUGGUUGAGAAUUCUUUGUCCAUAAGUAACCCAGCACUCUUCAACUCCUUAGGAGCGCCUUUCCGGUCAACAACUUGCCAUCGUUGUGGCUUGUUUGGCUCGCUGAGGUGCUCCCAGUGCAAACAGACAUACUACUGUUCCAUUGCCUGCCAGAGGAGAGACUGGUCAGCACACAGCAUUGUGUGCAAACCUGUCCAGCAAAGUUGCCACCAACUUGAAGAAAAUAAAGCAUCUUUUGAGACAGAGAAUGAAAAGAUGGAAACUGAGAAUGACUGUCCACCUGGAACUACUAAAGAAGUGGUCACUUGCAAUGAUAAAAUAAUGUUUUCUGAUCUGAGAAGUCUACAGCUCAAAGAAACCAUGGAAAUUAAGGGAACCGUUACUGAGUUCAAACACCCAAGUGACUUUUAUGUACAGCUAUAUUCUUCAGAAGUUUUAGAGUAUAUGAACCAGAUCUCUGCAAGCUUAAAGGAAACUUAUGCAAAUAUGGUGCCUGAAGAUGAUUAUAUUCCUGUUAAGGGAGAAGUGUGUGUUGCCAAGUACACUGUUGAUCAGACUUGGAACAGAGUUAUAAUACAGGACGUUGAUAUGCAGAAGAAGAAGGCCCAAGUGUUAUAUAUUGAUUAUGGAAAUGAAGAGAUACUUCCAGUGAACAGAAUUCACCAGCUAAACAAAAGCAUUGAUUUGUUUCCUCCUUGUGCCAUAAAGUGCUUUAUAGCAGAUGUUAUCCCAGCAGAAGGGAACUGGAGCAAUGAAUGUAUCAAAACUAUUAAAUCACUGUUAAUGGAGCAGUUCUGUUCUCUAAAGAUUGUUGACAUCUUAAAGGAGGAAGUGGUUUCUUUUGCUGUGACUGUUACGCUGCUUAAUUCAGGAAAACUUGUAGACAACGUGCUUGUAGAAAUGGGAUAUGGCUUGAAACCUAAAGGACAAAACUCUAAGAAGCAGAGUGCAGAUGAAAGUGACCCUGAAGUUGUUUCAAAAGUAACAGCCGAAAGCAAAAUCGUUGUUGACAGAAGUGACCUAAUUCCCAAAGUGUUAACUUUGAAUGUAGGUGAUGAGUUUUGUGGUGUGGUUGCUCACAUUCAGACUCCAGAAGACUUCUUUUGUCAGCAACUGCAAAGUGGACAUAAGCUCGGUGAACUUCAGUCAUCCCUUAGCGAGUAUUGUAGCCAAGUGUCUCCACGCUCGGAUUUUUAUCCAACCAUUGGUGAUAUCUGCUGUGCUCAGUUCUCAGAGGAUGAUCAGUGGUAUCGAGCCUCUGUUUUGGCUUAUGCUUCUGAAGAAUCUGUGCUGGUUGGAUAUGUAGAUUAUGGGAACUUUGAAAUCCUUAGUUUGACAAGACUUUGUCCCAUAACUCCUAAGCUGUUGGAGUUGCCAAUGCAAGCGAUAAAGUGUACUCUAGCAGGAGUAAAGCCAUCAUUAGGAAUUUGGACUCCAGAAGCUACUUGUCUGAUGAAAAAUGCUGUACAGAACAAAAUGAUCACAGUGAGAGUGGCUGACAAGACAGAGAAUAGUUCUGUGGUGGAGCUUGUUGAUAUAUCUGUGACACCUAAUGUCAGCAUUACCAAAGUUCUCAUGGAUGCAGGCUUUGCAGUGGGGGAGAAACCGGAGGUGACAGAAAAACCCAGAGACCUGAAAGAAAACAGUGUUCCCUUGGGUAUAGAAGAAAAAGCAAAUCCAUUGGAGUGGACAUGGGUUAAACUUUCUGUAGAUCAAACAGUGGAUGUUGUAGUCUGUAUGAUAUAUAGUCCUGGAGAAUUUUAUUGCCAUGUGCUUAAGGAGGAUGCUUUAAAGAAACUCAAUGAUUUGAACAAAUCACUAGCAGAAUACUGCCAGCAGAAAUCACCUAAUAAUUUUAAGGCAGAAAUAGGGCAACCUUGCUGUGCUUUUUUUGCAGGUGAUGGCAAUUGGUACCGUGCACUCAUCAAGGAGCUCUUGCCAAGUGGAAAUGUUAAAGUACAUUUUGUAGAUUACGGAAACACUGAAGAAGUUACUGCAGAUGAACUCCAAAUGAUCUCAUCGAAAUAUUUAAAACUUCCAUUUCAGGGGCUACAGUGCUGGCUAGUAGACAUUCAGCCUAAAAAUAGACACUGGAGUAAAGACGCCAUAGAAAGAUUUCAGACAAGUGUUUCUGGGAUAAAGCUCCAAGCCCGGGUAGUUGAACACACAGAAGCUGGAGCGGGGCUUGAACUCACAGAUCUCUCCACGUCUUACCCCAGAAUAAUCAGUGACACUCUGAUUGAGGAAAAUCUGGUGUUACAAGUUAGUUCACCAAAUAAGGACUUGGCGAAAAGCAGCCCUGUCAAUAAACAGGAUCUUCAGGCUGACACUACAGAGUAUCCAGUCAUUUCUUCAACUACUCAUUGGAGAACAACAGAAUUGCCAGUUAAUAAAACUGUACCAGCAAACAUUCUAGAAAUCAUUAGCCCAAACUUAUUUUAUGCCCUACCAAAUGAGAUGUCAGAAGAUCAGGAAAAACUAAGUAUAUUGACAACUGAAUUAUUAGAAUAUUGCAGUGCUCAGAAAAGUCACUCUGUCUACAGACCAAACAUUGGUGAUGCAUGCUGUGCCAAAUACACAAUGGAUGAUAUCUGGUACCGUGCCAUUGUCCUGUGGACAUCAGACACUGAGGCCAAGGUUCUUUAUGCAGACUAUGGAAACAUUGAGACGCUGCCGCUCUCGAGAUUGCAGCCAAUCUCUGCCAGCCACUUGGAGCUUCCUUUCCAAGUCAUCAGAUGUUCCUUUGAAGGAUUAAUGGAAUUGAAUGGAAGCUGUUCUCAAUUAAUAAUAGAGCUACUGAAAAACUUCAUGUUGAAUCAGAAUGUUAUGCUUUCUGUAAAAGAGAUUACUAAGAACAUUCAUGUAGUGUCAGUAAAGAAGUGUUCUGACAAUGGUCCUGUCAGUAUAACUGAUAAGCUGGUGACCUGUGGUCUGGCGAAAAAUACCACCUCUAAAAUGCAGACUCCUUUAAAUAAAGAAAAGUUUAACAAGACUGAUUGCUGCUGCACUGAAUUACAGAAACAGGUUGAAAAACAUGAGCAGAUUCUUCUCUUCCUCUUAAACAAUCCAAUCAGUCAAAAUAAAUUUAUUGAAAUGAAAAAAUUGUUAAAAAGUUAAAAACAGUGUCUCUCGGAAGUAAACACUUGUGAAAAAAGGAAACUUCAAAGGCUAGAUUUAGGAGAAAAAGUACCGCAUCUUUUGUUUGUUUGGAAGCUUUUUUUUUUUUUAAUGCCUCUGUUUCUGUUCGCUUAUCACUCUUCCAUUAGGUUGGGCAGUUUGAUAUUUUUUUCCCUCUAAAUUAUUUCUUCCAAAUAAGUCUUGCACAGUAGAUUCAUACCUUAUAUUGGGAUAUUGGGGAAACAUAUCUAUCUAUCUAUCUAUCUAUCUAUAUAUAUAUAUGUGAUUUCUGCUGUAUAUAAAAUGUGUCUCCAUGUUGAUAGCAAAUAAAUAUAGUUGAUGGAUACACAGCCUUUAUUAUUUUCUGUAUGUCAGAAUUAUUAAUAAGCCUAUUCUCCCUGUCAUCAUUUGCCUCUUUCACAUAAUAAUAAAUGCUGUUUACACCUCCCUGCUUUGGUUUCUGCUCUUUUUCUGUCUGCUCUGAGGUCUCUGACUUCUUUCUCUCCACUUUUUCUUGACUCCUUUUUCCUUUGAGUCCAUUGUUGCACUCUCCACCAUUCCAACUAGGGCAGGAACUUUUCUCUUUUAUGGUAGAUAGAAUUUGCCAUUUUCUGAAGUGCAGAUAUGUUACCAGGUGAAAUUCAUAAUCUGAGUUGGAGUAUUUUUCUUGGAUGGCAUAGUAUAAGAUCAAAGAAGAUGCCACCAAACUUAAUAGAAGAAACCUGUAAUACUGAUUUUUCUGCUAAUAUGUGUCAGUUAAUCUGUUAGUUUAUGUGGAUUUUUUCCACAUAAAAAUAUUAAUGGGCUUCUGUUAAACAAAAUUUAUACUGCUUUGCUCAAUAAAUUUGUUUCAGUUCA